GAAACGAAUCUUACAAAACCCCAGGGUCGACCGCAUGUCAGCUAAGACUCUCAAAAUUGAGCACCUAGCACCUUCACAGCUGCUGCAUCAACUAUUCUGCAAUGUCGGGGAACCCAUGAUAUUUCCGGAUGCAAGGCACUUGGUUAUAUACAGAGUUAAUUUAAAGAUCACGUUAAUAAUUCCUCAGUAGCAGAUCCGCCCAUCAAUGUCAACAAGACUAACUAAAAAAAGCGUCGAAUUGUCAACACGAACAGCUCUUCUAGCAUAACGGUAGAUAAGCAAGUAACAAAAGAUGCUGAGAGUUUCCAAAAUAUUUGUAGCAACCGAAUCUCCAGCGCAGAUGCUGAACGCAAUAGCAAUUUGGAAGCGAAAGGAAAGGUUGGUUGGCUAUAUUCUUAAUGAUGGCGGAGACAAAAUCUCAAAAUACGCGUUGGACAGGAACUCAGCAGUAAAUGACAGCAGAAGCAGAGGUCCAGAGUAUCAGUAAACUGAAGCCUCGAUCAAUAAAUAACUGAAGUCGAUGCAAAAUUGAUCUGCCAACAACGGGUCUAGAUAAUGGCUGAUAAUCGCCCAACAUGAAGAUCUUAUACGGCGGCCUUUUGCACCACCAAACAAGGAAGUUUGAGGGUAGAUUAGAAGCUUUGAAUGCCAAUGGAUUAGUGUAGGUAUUAAAGGAACGGCUUCUACUGAAACUGUUGCUGGUGUUUCCGUUUUGGCUUUUAUUGUCAUAAAAAUAUACCCAGUUAGUUCCUUGUUCCGAUCACGCAUACUUUCUGCAAAGCACAUCGACAAGUUAGUUUUUGUUACCAUUCAAUAACAAUUUAAAUACGUGCAUUUUACGAUAAUUAGCCAUUCGCAGAAACUCUACUAUAAGUGUCCUGAAUUUCCCUGAACGGAACCAGUGACUAUCAAACACCCAUCACCAUGGGAGUAAAAAAGUGGUACAUUUUUAUACCAUUCCUCGCAGUCAGCUAUUUUGCGAACAACGCUUCAUCUCUCCAGCAUUCAGCCACCCUCAAAAGCUUCAAUGAACUACGCAUCGAAUGCAAUCAGUAUCUCCCAUCUAACGAUGCCUCCUACAACGUUGAAGACUGUUCUGAUCGAUGCCUGGGUCUGGUUGGGCACUUCUGGAAUGACACGGUCGGUAGAACGUCCAACUCAGUGUCUCGAUUCUACCGCCUGGAUUCGUGCGACCAGGAAUACAUCAACCGAACCCUUCAAUGCAUGUGCGAAACAGUGCAGAGUCUACCUCAGGAUGCCAACUAUCAACGAGCAAGUUGCAGUAUGCAGUGUUACCAAGAUCAGUUCGGGCAGCUGAUUAAUUGGGAGCCACAGUUUGUUCCGGUCAACGACCUCAAAACCACCCACAUCUUCCGGGAAUGUGCCCAGAUGCUUGGGAUAUCAUUUGGGCAGUUGGGACGUAUAUUAACCAACGGGUACAACAAAACUGCCGAGGGUCGAUGCUUGAUGCGGUGUUAUCUGGUGCGAGCCGGAUUGUACAGUGACUGUGGUGGGCCAGAUAUCGGGCGGUUUUCUGUUCAGUGUCAAGGUUACAGCCAGGAGUACGAGCAAUGGGUUAGCAAGUGUUACGCUGGGUUAAAAGCCCAGCAGUUGGACAGCUGUACACUGGCCACGCGAGUUCUGGACGAGUGUAUUCAGGGCAACGAGUACAGCAACAGUGAUCUGGUCGGGUUGGUGAAUUUGGCUGGUUUCGCUCUCACUGGCCUCGGACUAACCUUGGAAGGAAUUUAUUAUCCUCUUGUAGGGUUGCUGUUCUUCUAA